AUGUCUACGGACCUCAAUGCUAGUUUCAACGAGCAAUACAUGAACAUUAACACUAAAAUGAAAAAGAGAUUCAUGCGCAAACCAAACAUAUCAGAAGCGACGAAUGAGUUUAUAGCUCUAGCAAUUCAAUGUGAACACUCUGACCAGCCAGCAUUUGCUGGACACGCCUAUGUUGGUGCUGCGAAGUGUGAAGCUUCAGGGGGUAACUUUUUAGGCGAAGCAGAACAUUAUUUGGCUGCGGCUAGACAAUUUAUGAAAGCUGAGAAGAAGUUAAAGUCUCUGAAAUUCUACAAUGCAGAUAGAGAGAACUUAGAGGCAGCUACUGGAUGUUUUAUUCAGGCUCUUAAGAAAUAUCCAGAGAAAUCACCACUAAGAUACUCUAUUCUGAUGGAACUGGCUAAUGACCUAGUAGAACUGAACCACAAGUUGGAAGCAACAUCUUAUUAUGAACAAGCUAUGGAAUCAGUGCAAGAAUAUACUAUGAGGGUCAUGUGUAUGAGAAAUUUAAUGAAUUUAAAGAUUGACUGCGCCAAACAUGAUGAAGCCCUAGAAAUCGCCAACAAAAUAUGUGACAUUAAUUUAAACGUUCCACAAGAAAUUAUUGCAGAAGUCCAAGUAAGCAGGAUACUUUUGGCAUUACUUGAAAAACCACCAGAAGAUAUCAAGACACCUUCUUUAAAGCAACUAUUUGUGGACAUCAUGAAUGAUAAUGAAAGUGAUGCAAUUCCUUUGAAUACAGAUAUAAGAUUAAAGAUGCAAUCUGUGAUUAUAUGUCACACAACAGGCGACAUAAAUUCCUUGAUCAGUGUGGCUGCGGGCAUCAAGCAGUUCCUGACUCUGCAGCAAGUGGAGUUAUUGCACAGGUUGAUCUCUGAGCAUAAACUAGAUCAGGCAGAUGAUACCAGAUGUAGAUCUGUAGACUAG